CUGAGCUCCAAGAUGUCCCUAAGUGACUCGGGCCGAGGCGACGGGCAGACUGGACCCCACUCUGGCCCUGGAUGGCCACCGUCCUCGCACCCAUUCAUUCGCUCAGCCUGAGGGACAUUGGGCACCAGGGUGAGACUCGCCCGAAGCCCGCUGUCGGGAGGGAGCCUUGUACCAACGUAAACAAGAACCCGCACUGUCGAGUGCGGUGAUGGCCGGAAGUAUCUGGGCCGCCUGGGCACUUAGGCUUCUCGCGAGAAGUGGCGCUUAAGCGAGAGGUUGUCAGGUAGUGUCCUAAACUGAGGAAAGGUGAGUUCAGGAGCAAGAAGAGGAAAUGACGGACAUUUCCUAGAACGAAAGGUAGCUCGGACGUCUGAAAGACAAGGAGCAUAAAAUCAGCCCGGAAAACUUAGUGCUCACGACAGCCAAGGACUUGCAAGCCAGGCUGAAGUUCUGUUCCCAUUGGCUCAUGAGCAGUAGGAAACUGUUGAACCCCGGGACAAUCUCAUGAAUUGUUACUUUUCAAGGCAACCUUUAACUGUACCGUGGGUGAUAGUGAGAGAAUGCCCAGCCCGACGACACAUAAGGUUACAGUCAAAAAGUCCAGCCAAGAGUUUCAGUGUCCUGGACGAAGGUUGCCAUCGUGGUGGGAAUGGAGAACAUUUUAGCAGCGAGGUGAAAUGAGUUGUCCACCGAUUUUGAAACAAAAUCGGUUUUUAAAAAGUUCAUGCAAAGAGGCCUGGACUCGGAAACCAAGAAGCAACUAGAAGAGCAGGAAAAGAAGAUGAUCAGCGAUGAGCACUGGUACCUGGAUUUGCCAGAGUUCAAGGAGAAAGAGAGUUUCAUCAUAGAAGAGCAGAGCUUCUCCCUGUGUGAAGAUCUUCUCUAUGGAAGGAUGUCAUUCAGGGGAUUUAAUCCCGAAGUUGAGAAGUUAAUGCUUCAGAUGAAUUCUAAGAACAAAGCAGCAGAAGAAGAAGAUGAGACAGCUGAGGUCGACGUGUCGGACGAAGAAAUGGCAAGAAGAUAUGAGACUUUGGUGGGAACAAUUGGAAAAAAGUUUGCCAAGAAGAGGGACCGAGCCAAUUAUGAAGAAGAUGAAAACGGAAAUAUAAAACCCAUUAAAAUGAAGAAGAUGUUCCUAAAGCCCCAAGAUUAAAAUGGAUGCAGAUACAGCGGGUGCCUGUGGGUACAGCCUGCUUUGAGCCCGUCCUUGUGCCAUCUGUAGUGGCUAAUACUCUAAUGUUUACCUGUAAAGAAAUGUAUAACUGCAAUGUGCUGUUCUUGAGACAGAUGUGUAAUGGAUGUUAUACAUCCUUUUUACAGCAUUCUUCAGGGGCUUCGCAUGUGUAGGCACAGGCCGCUCCCUAGAGUUUUGACCUGAUUUUGUGUGUGUACACACAGACAGGACACAUACACAUAGCUCUCCAUUUAUUGUCCUGGGAUGACUGUUAUAAACUAAUUAUUGCCAUUGUUUAAACUGUCCUUAUAUUUAUAUUUUACUUUUUGAAUCAUGUCAAGCCAAUUCACACAUUUACUUCAGAAUCAAAUGUUCUCCAGGAACAGACCUGCCUUUACCCUGAAGUGUUUGCAUGCUGUCAGAUCUUUCUCACUUGUAGUAGUGUGGGUUUUCUUUAUUUAAGGCAAUCAAUCGGGUCAUUUUUCUAACGUUCUGUAAUAAACAUCUGUUUUCAUAUA